AGCAAAUAGAGAGCAUCGUUCAGAAUCAUUGAAGAUUGAAGCAGACUCUCCAAAUAUUAGCCGUAGUGUCGUAUACGUCCCCUAGGAAGUGUUGGUCGUACUCUCCUCCGCUAUCCAGCCAACCUCGUCAUCAUCGUACAACAGUUUUUCGCACCCGGGUCAAUAUUAUAAUCAAUGACACUGGUAUUACGCACAAUACACCAGGUUCACGAAAAUUGCGCGCGUCUCUCGGCUUAUUAUAACAUUUUCACGAGAGUGAAAGAGGACUGGUAAACAAACACCCGGCGAAUGUACCCUGAUCCCUAAGAAAAAAGAGAGGAGAGCAAUUGUCAAGGCUAAAUACAACUAAAUAGACGUGUAAAAGCGUCAGGAUGUCGGGUAUUGCGAGCGCCAGGCUAGCCGAGGAGCGCAAAGCUUGGAGAAAGGAUCAUCCUUUUGGGUUUGUGGCACGACCAACGAAAAAUCCAGAUAGUACUCUAAAUCUCAUGAGUUGGGAAUGUGCGAUACCAGGCAAAAAAAGCACACCUUGGGAGGGUGGACUUUAUAAGCUACGGAUGAUCUUCAAGGAUGACUAUCCUUCCAGCCCACCCAAAUGCAAAUUUGAGCCACCACUGUUUCAUCCAAACGUUUAUCCAUCGGGUACAGUUUGUUUAUCAUUGUUAGAUGAAGAAAAAGACUGGAGGCCAGCGAUCACAAUCAAACAAAUCCUUCUUGGUAUUCAAGAUUUACUCAAUGAGCCUAAUGUAAAAGAUCCAGCACAGGCAGAAGCUUAUACAAUCUAUUGCCAAAACCGUCUUGAGUACGAGAAACGAGUGCGAGCGCAAGCAAGAGCAAUGGCUCCUCAAGAAUGAAAUUUCUAAAUUUAUACUGAUUAUCGCCGAUAUUACGUGAAUACUGAAACAACCAUCAUUUUUUUAAUUCUCUGCUAGCUUAAAAAUAAAUUAACGUAUAUUUAUUUCUUUAUAAAUUAUCGGCAUUGAGAAUGAAUUUAGCUCACGUGCGAAUUCUUAAUUACCGACAAAAGUUUAUGGAU